AUGUAUAGUUAGAAAUCUUUCAUCUGCACGACACCAACCUGCAUCGACCCACUCUAAACACCAACAGCAACCGCCGCAAUGCCUUCUAACUCCAACUCUCGACAUACCCAUAGAGAACCCCACCGCUCUUCCCAUCAUCACCAUCGCCACUCUCACGAUGCUCGAUCGCGUUCCCCGCGCCGCCAGGACGAACCGCGACACAAGCGGAAGCGCUCACCACCGCCCCCAGCAGUCCUCCCAUACCGAGCUCGCCCGCUCGUAAAACAGGACUUCACAGCCUACAAACCCCUCUUUGCAUCAUAUCUCGACAUCCACAAACAGCUAUACCUCGAGGAAAUAGAGGAGCACGAGGCGCGCGGACGAUGGAAGAGCUUCCUCUCCAAAUGGAACCGUGGAGAACUCGCAGAAGGCUGGUACGACCCCGCCAUGCUGAAGAAGACGCAAAACGCAGCCGCAUCCACCGGUGCGCAGAACGCUGGCUCGAGAUCACCCAAGCGACAGCGGAGAGAGUCUCCAGACCUCCGUCCUUACAAUACUACACAAGAAGUGGGUGACACGAAGAAUGAUUCAAGCUCCGAGGAUGAGAUUGGGCCCGCGCUUCCAGACUCGCAUGGUCGCCGUGCAGGCCCCGUCAUACCACGUAGAGAGGAUCUGGAGCUCAGAGAUGAAAUGACCGCCGAAGCGCGCUCCCACAACAUCGCCGACCUCCGCUACGAGCGCAAACUGGACCGCAGCACGCAGAAAGAGCGCCUCGAAGAGCUUGCUCCCCGCGCAGAUCCCGGUUCCCGAGAGCGUGCGCUUGAGAAGAAGCGGGAAGUCACUGGCACAUUGAACGCAUUCAGGGAAGCGAAGUCGCCUGGUGCGGAGGAGGUCCCGGAAGGGGAUCUCAUGGGCGAUGAUGGGAUAGACGGGUAUAAGAAGCGGAAAAAGGAAGGUGAGCGGAAAAAGAACGAACGAGAGAUCCGGAAGGAGGAGAUUAUGAGGGCGAAGGCUGAGGAGAGGGAGGAGAGGCAGGCCGAGAUUAGGGCGAAGGAGGAUAAGACGAUGGAGAUGUUGAGGGCUAUUGCCAGAGAAAGGUUUGGAUAGGUUGGUUGGGUCUUGAUCUAUGACCUGGAUGUUAGGAUCUCACGCCCUUCUUUCUCGAAAGAAGAGAGGCAUUUGGAAUUCUGAACAUCAUUAUUCGCUGCAGAUUGUUGAUCAGUUAUAGCAC